AUGAUUUGCAGCCAAUAUCGAUCGAUUAUCGACAAAUGUUGUCCGAAUAACUCAUCGUAUGGCUGCGAUUUCUACAAGAUGUCGCUGGAUCGAAAUAACAAAUGCUACAAUGAUUCGUUGACGCUGAAUCAAGCUAAUGUUUUCACUGGGCUCGAUCCAUUCUUCCUCUACUACACUUGCCGUCUCGACGAGCCAGAUUCAACUACUAAUCAACACUCUGGACGGUUCUUCAACUACGCCUCUGAGAAAUAUAAGGCAGUGGAGGGCAGGCAACAGUUGCAUGCGCUCAUUAUAAUGAUUCGACGGUUUAUCUACAAAGAGCAGACGUGCGCCGUGCUCUCAAUAUUCCCAGCAUUGUCCCUAUGUAUGAAAGCUGCAAACAUAGAAAACACAUACGAUUUGACUGUGACGCACUACAUUACGCAGCAUGACAACGUCAAAAAGGUUAUCGAUGCUAAGAAAAAGGUGGCGCUGUUCUACGGUGACGUUGACUCGAUGUGUAACGCCAUUCAUGGCGCUCAGUUCGCAUCAGGUCUCGGUCUCAAGCUCCUAGCACCACAAUCCAUCUAUGUUGAUCAACAGCAGAAGCCACCAACUAUUGGAUUCAUUACUCAGUACGAAGGUUUGGAUUUUCUGACGGUAAGAGGCGCUGGACAUUUUGUUACGUCAUCGAAUGAAAAGCCAAAGGAAGGACUCCAGUUGUUCGUGAAUUUCCUCCGAGGAACGAACUACAGUACUCCAAUUGACUACGUGAGCCCAACGUCACCAUCAACCCCUACAUCUUGCCCAACUGGCGCUCCACCAUCAACCAGUACACACAACAGUAGCUCAGCGCUGAGAUAUCGUUAUUUAGGCUUUGUUCUAGCAAUUUCAAUGUUAUUAGGGAAAUAA